CAAAGAACUCCUUGGUAAUUGGUAUAUAUAAAUGUAGCAAAGCUUAGUUAGAUCCACACAUAAACAUAAAAAAUAAAAAAAAAAAUCAUCACAAAUGGACCAUGAACAGGGUUUCGAUGGAGCUUCUUCCCGCCGCGAAAGCGUCUUCAUGAGAAGACUUGGGAGGAGGAGGAGGAUAACAGGAUACCACCGUCUCCAUAGCUCCCCCAUGGCGAUGGCGAGACGGCCAAAGUUGAAGGUCGCGAGGCUGGGCGGCAUUGGUGGAGGUGGGAGAGGAGGAGGCCCUGCUCGCAAGAAAUGGUGGCGCAGCAAUAUGAACAUGUUGUCAGCUUUCCACAAGGCUUAUGUUCGAGUGAUGCUGAAACUGGCGGCUCAGUUUAGGAAGGAAUGUCGGGUUUUCGGAGGGAAGAAGAUAGCUGGAAGAAACCAGAUUUGGGAGCUUCCAGGUGGGGACAGAAUCGACGACAGAGUACUUGUUGAAUUUUGUAAGAGACUCAUGAUGAUGGCUUCUUCUGGUGAUCAUGAUGCAUCACAGAUUAUUAUGUAAUUAGUUAAUUAAUUAAGAGUGAUUAAAUUAAGCUACGUAGUGGCUCCUCUGUUUUUCCUACUCUGUUUUGGUUAUAGAUUCAGGGUAUUAUCGAACUGUAAAUUGGCCACAUACAGAUGUUGUUGCCAAGACUGAAGAUAUGAAAACCGAGAACUGAUUAUGUUACAUCUUUCAUUUGAUUCAACAUUUCCUAUAAGACUCAAAAAGUAGCAGAAUCCCAAUUGAUCUAUACGCUCACAUUGGUCACGGGACCUCUAAACCACUUGUUGGCACUGAAAACCCAUCACAAACAACCAGCAGAAACGAGAAAAGAAUGGAGAUAGUCACAACCCAGAUCACAGCAAUCCAACCAAUCACAACGCCAUAUCGUCCCAAAUGGAAUGGCCCACCAACAAACGUUUCGCGACAGUUGCAACAUUUGGGAUGAGUAUGGUCAAAAGCACAACACCUACAAGGUUCCAAGCAGCAGCCAACUGGUUGAAGAAGGACAACAUGGAGAUGGGGAGACUGUUUAUGACCGCAUGGAGGAAGAGAAUGCCACCAUGCUUGCAAAGCAAUGACUACAUAUUUUGAUGCUUUGUAUCCACCGCCAUUUUAACCACCAGUGCUCAGCAGAAUGAUCACUUGAAUCAUCUGUGCAAGCGAAAAAUCGACACUAGUCGUGACAGCCCACUUCAACAAAUCAACCGUGGACGAAAGU